CACAGGUUGCCACCUGGCUGCUUAUCGAUCGCUGUCUUCACAUUCAAAAUGGAGCAUUGCGGUGAGCAGCUGUUCAAUGUUUCAAAAGCCGAGGAGAGCCUUGUCACAAGGUUGUCAACAGGAAGCUGAAAGGAACGACGUCUUCAGCAGCAUUGUGGUUCACAAUCCUUUCCAACCCUUUUCCGAGUUCCGGUUGUGAUGCUUCUCUUUAUUUCUCACCUUUUCUGUAAGAGCUUUACAUGUCGUCACUGCAGACUUGCUCAAGUGAUGCGGUUCUUCAGCUGAGUUGAAUCCUUGGCAUCACAAAUGAGCAGCUGCUGAGAGAACAAUGAGCAGACUGGGGAAGGGGGAAGAUCUGCGGCGUGAUGCCAAAGAGACGUUUCGAGAAAUGGGAGCGCGCGGAAAGGGCACCCGCGGCAGGAGGUUGGGAAUCCAGAUAUUGUUUGUAUGCGCGGUGGUGCUCUGCAGUGGCGCGAGCUACUAUGCCACAAGCGUGCGGUUGCACAGGUCAUCGCAGGUGCACAGCAGAAAUCAAGGGACGUCUCAUCCGGACCGAUUCCAAAUAGGCAAUGAGCUCUCAGUAAGCCUGAAAACCCCCGGCCAAGACAGUGCAAAAUUCUUAUCAAAGGAUGGUGUUGAAUACCCCAUCAAGUCCUUCCGGGGCUCAUUCACACUGCCCUGGGAUGACUGGCCCCCCCAGCAAGUGCACAGCCUCUUCUUUGCACAUAAGGAGCUGCCCCGAACUGAAGAGUUCGAUAGAGAAGAGCUAGGGAUUCUGAGAGAACUAGAGAGGGCAGCAAUCGAAGCCGAAGGCGAGCGAAGAACGGGGGAAGGUUUCAAGGAAGCAGAAGAGGGGAACGAUGCCACUGGAGGCUUGAAAGCGGAAGGAGGAGACAUAGGAGGGGCUAACUUGGAGCACAAUUUAGAAGGUCGAGCGCAAGUACAAGGCGUAGCAAGUCAAAGUGAAAGCAGAGUAGGCGCGCAAAGCGAUUCAGGAGAUGAACAGGGGUUCGAUAGCACCGCAGCGUUAGAUACAGCAGACGAAACCGCAGAUUUGCAUUCAAGGCAUGCUAGCGUGGACAAACUAAGUAGAGACGGCACGCGAUUGACAGACGGUGUUCAGUUGAGAGGGGAAAGGAAUGGGGAGCAGGUCGAAGGAGCAGCUGGAAGGGUCGGGUUGGAUGAUGAGCGAGGAGACAAGGAUCGCCAGUUGCGGGUUGAGCGGGGUGUCUUCGAGAGUCCGCCCGAUCUGUAUGACGCAAUCUCUGACGAGGGCUACCACCAGUGCGUCGAGCGGGACCCGAGCUGGGCAGCACCCCCGGCAGUAGAGGCUCGAGGCUACUUGUUUCCAGCUCUAGACGGGGGCCUGAGCCAGCAAAUCUUCGAGAUCGCAAACACAGUUGUCAUUGCACGCAUCCUGAACGUGACGUUGGUCGUUCCCGAGAUGCGGGCCGAUGCUUUUUGGAAAGAUGGAAGCGACUUUGAGUCCAUCUUCGACCUUCAAAACUUCAAGUCAGUGCUCUCUAAUGACAUUCGCGUCGUCACCAUGAACGAGCUUCCCGCUUCGAUGCGGGAAUCCGACAACUGGAUCUACGUGGACCGAGUACAGGACGGUCUGCCGGCGGAUUACGUCAGCGUGCUUGGGGACUCGUUCCAACCCGGGAAUGUGACGUUUUUGUACAGCAUGUGGGCUGCUCUUAACCACGUGAUCGACCCCCCCCUCGAGAAACUCCGCUGUUGCGCCAAGUACCAGGCACUGCGCUUCUCUCCGACCGUUGUAAAUAUCUCCAACGCGCUCCAAGCGAGGAUGCGGAAAAGGGCAGGGGGGCCGUUUCUGGCGAUACACCUACGGUUCGAGGUCGACAUGGUCAUGCACCAAGCGGGUUGCGACUAUGGCAUCGACGAUCCGGAGGAAGAAGCGUUCUGGGUAGAGGAGCGGAAGCGUCGCGACUGGCCGGAAGCACGCCCCGACGAGCUGAUGAGACGGAAUGGGUACUGCCCCCCGACGCCGGAGGAAAUCGGAAAGUGGCUCCAGGGGCUGGGGUUCAACCGGUCAACACAGGUGUAUCUUGCUUCCGGGAAGGCGUACCAUGAGGACGUAUUCUUGCCGCCCUUUCUCGACAUGUUUCCGAACACGUUCAAAAAGGAGGACCUUUUAACCGAGGACGAGAAAAUCCGGGUCAAGGGCAAAAACAACCUGCUGGCGGCGAUUGACUUCGGCGUGCUCGCGGAAGCUGACGUCGUGGCGCUGACGUUCCACGGCGUCAUGAAACUCUCAAUACAAGGGCAUCGGAGUUGGAAUGGGUUCCACAAAACUUUGCUGUAUCCAAAUUGGGAAAGUUGGAACUUCCGCGAGUUAGACUGGGAGACGUACAGAAAGCGUGUUGCCGAGACAACUCCGGUGGGGCGUCCAAGCCUUCGAACGGACGAGGCAAUUGUGGAGGUUAUGGGAAACCCAAUACCUGAAUGCAUGUGCCGGACGCAAGAGUCACAAUAAACAAUGAUACGGAGCAGCCUACGUAUGGUGUCGACCACUAUGUCUUGCAUCUUCGAUUCGCUGUAUUCCUGAAUCGUAAGCUUGUGCUCCACUUGGGGUGCCCUGAUCAAGCCUAUGGACAUUAAAGGCAGCUAAAGAUCUGACGUACACGUUAGUAUCCCGAUCGAGUUGAAUCGAUCCCUCGGUCAAUGUCGUGCCGCUAGGCGUCGCUGCCAUGCAGCCUCGUACGACCGUAGCAAUGCAAGCAAAACGGAUUCUCUAAAGAACGCAACGACUGUAUGUCACUAAGAGACUGACAUGUAAUUUUGUCUGAUACCAUGACGAAGAGGCCACCGUCUCUCCGGAACUCUAUGUUAUGGCGCUGAUGG